AUGUCUGAUAGCAGCGAUGUGGAGGCCGCGACCAAGGCUGAAGCGAAACACCCGGCUAGCAUCAAUGAGUCUCCAGUAGACGACUAUGAGCUGACCGGCUUGCCGCUGGUCCUGGUUAUCGCUGGCUUGGGCCUCGCCAUCUUCCUCAUGUCGUUAGACUCAUCCAUCGUUGCCACCGCUAUUCCCCGUAUCACGACAGAUUUCAACAGCACCAGUGAUAUGGGCUGGUACGGAAGCGCGUACUCCUUCGCAAUGUGCGCGCUCCAGCCUAUGGCGGGCAAGUUGUUUUCAAAAUUUCCUUUGAAGGCAACGUUCCUUGCCUGUCUUGCCGUCUUUGAGCUGGGGUCUUUGCUGUGUGCCCUGGCUGUUAACAGCCCCAUGCUCAUUGUUGGGCGCGCUAUAGCUGGAGCUGGGGCGGCGGGAUGCUUUACUGGAGCCUUUUGCAUUGUCGCAGUUUCUCUCCCCUUGGAGAAACGGCCAUUCUUCGUUGGGAUUCUACAAUCGACAUUUGGCAUUGCCACCAUCAUCGGUCCCAUUCUAGGCGGUGCCUUCACACAGCAUGUGACGUGGCGGUGGUGCUUCUGGAUCAACUUGCCUCUGGGUGCUGCUACUAUACUUGCUAUUGUAUUCUGCUUCAAACCACCACAGGACGGUUCCAAAGAAGCGCCAUCCGUCCUGAAGAGAUUACAAGACUUGGAUUUUGCUGGCGCUGUGCUUUUUGCUGGGGCCAUUGUCAUGGUACUUUUGGCUCUUCAAUGGGGAGGGACUUCGUACGCUUGGCGAAGUGCUACCAUCAUCGGCCUCUUCCUAGGAGGGGCGGGACUUGGUUUCGUGUUCGCCUUGUGGCAAUGGCACAAGGGAGACAGUGCUAUGAUUCCUCCACGUCUCAUGACUGAACGCACCCAGUUCUUCGCCUGCAUGACCGAGUUCUUCGCCAUGGGCUCAGUCUAUAUCUCGAUCUACUAUCUUCCCACAUGGUUUCAAGUUGUCAAGGGCGCCUCGCCCACGAAAUCCGGACUCAUGUAUCUUCCUUUGGCCUUGUCAGAUGUCCUAUCCGCCACGCUGACGGGCGCAUCGCUUAAAUGGCUCGGGUAUCCAAAUCCCUAUGCCAUCCUCGGGACGGCCCUGAUGUGCAUAGCAUCUGGUUUGUUCUCCACGUUCGACCUUGACACCCCCCAUCAGGAGUGGAUCCCCUUCCAAGUCCUCCAAGGCCUUGGUAUUGGCAUGAUGCUGUCGAUGCCUUACGUCGCUAUACAAACGGUCCUCAAACCCGCAGAUAUCCCUGUUGGCACCUCGCUGCUGCAGUCCUUCCAGUACUUUGGGGCUGCAGUGUAUCUCGCCGUCGCCGAGUGCCUUUUCGAGAACAAACUGGUCGAGCAACUGCGCAGUUCGGGGUUGGAUCAGCUAGAGAUCGAUGCUCUCCUGAAAGCAGGCUCUGCUGAGGUGAGGAACGUGACUUCCGAGGAGCAGCUCUCGGGUGUCCUCCACGCUUACAACUACGCCAUGACAAACACGUUUUACGUUGCGACGAGCGUGGCUGGCGUUGCGUUUUUCUUGUCGUUCGGGAUGCGCUGGAGAAGUGUCAAGCCGCCGAAACCUUGA